AUGACAAUCAUUUCAUCAAUAAUCAGUAAUAAUUCAGAAACGCCUGAAAGAAAGCAAACCACUGUAGGAAGAGCGGGAAAGGAGGGUGACCGUGGUAGUGAUAUUGCACAUGAAAUAUGCAGCAGCGAGGUGGAUAAACCUUUCACACCGCCGCCGGAUGCUGAGUAUUACAUAAAUCUGUUCGCCGACGGCCAGUCACUGAAAACAGAGUCUGAAUCGGAUGACACUGCAAGCACAAUUUCGACAGUGAUUGAUAAAUUCUCCAUGAGCUCCAACUAUUCGUCCGAAUCAGACUUGUCCAGCUACACAUCGCUGACAAAUGGCCAGAGUGUGGUGAUUAAUAAAUCAGAGUUGGCUAAGGUACUCAAACCGUUCACAAUGUUGGAGCAGGAAUUCAAUGUGAAUGUAAAUGGGAAUGCAGCGGUGCAGCUGGAGGAGUGUCUCAAGAAAGUUGUCGAGUCAACGGGGGAUGUCAUGCCUGAUUUGCUGGCGGGCACGAUGACAGCAUCACAGGUGAAGAAACCGAUGACAUUCAUACCAGGAAACAACUACGAGAAUGUCGAAUUUAAGACAGAGAAGGUGAACACUUACGAGAAUGUGGAGCUAAAGAUACAGUCACAGGGUGCGCCAAUUGUAAUUUUGCCAACACCGAAACCACGCCAAGCUGUAGCCGGCGCAGGCGGUUCACCAGGAGUUGAGCCUAAGAAACGUUCAAUCAUACCAACGCCGCGAAAGAUUGCCUCACCCACUAAGCUACCCAUACAAGUUGCGCCACCGACGGUGCCAAGCGAAGCAUUGCAGGCAAAGUCACUAACUAAGGCUGCGUCAAAAGUGCCAACUACACCUACUAUGCCCACAACACCCACUACUCCGACAAAUAGUCCACUUACGCCAGCAAAUACCCCGACCACGCCGUCAUACGAGUCCACGCAAACCGCUAAAGAAUUCAUCACAAAGAUACCAAAAGCUAUCGCCUCGGUAUUUGGCCCCAAUUCGCAACGCUCAUUCGAACGUGCCAAGACUGAGGGCGAAAUCAAGCUAAAGCAGUCGCCUGAGUUAUCGUCCAGCAUCAAACAACAGACCGCCAUGUUCUUGGAUAAAGAAUGCCACAGUUCCACGGAUAGUGUUGUGAGCGCUGCGCGUAUGCCCGCAGCUGAGAAACCGAAGUCUGUAGAAACAAGCAAGCUUUCGCCGCCUAAGUCACGCAUUCCCGUGGUACUUUCGCCUAAACGCUCAUUUGAAAUGGACACGCCCUUUGAGCGCAAGCUAAAUAAUAGUCCAUCCAACAUACCACGUUUCCUAACGCACAAACAAAAGUCCGAAACGGACCUCAAACUUGGACUCUAUCGCAGCAAGUCGAAGGAGUCCAGUCCGCCGUUGAGUCUCAAAAUGCCUCUGCAGCGCACAAAUUCAGCGGAGUCGAAACUAAAGAGUCCUGAGCGCACACUCAUACCCGUUUUCAGUGGUCAGUCUGCGUCCGCGGAAGCCAUACUUGCCUCCACCGCAGCGAGCACGCCCACAAAGGCGAAAGGUCCUAAACCUAAACCCCCAGAGCGUGUGCAGUCGCUAGGCAAGUCACCCACGCAUAUUCCUAAACUGCAACCGUCAACCGUAAGUGGUGGUGCUGGUACGGUUACGGUGACAGUGGCGGACCGAAAUACUGCUACUACACAUACGACGCCACCGUCAUCGCGCAGCGAUACACCCACAAUGCAAACAUUCAAGCAACAAUCACCGCCUGCCAGCGCGUCACCCAAUCGUGAGAUACGUUUCAAGAUACAAACCUACGAAAGUAAAACGCAGGAGCCACGCACACCAUUCACGGAUGUCAAUGACAAUGAGGACGAUAAAAUGCCUAGUCUCUUCGAUUUGGUACGCAAGCAUAGUCCGAAUGCGCAGCGGAAAGAUGAAUCGCCGCCAGUUCUGUCCUCAUUUAAAUCAUCUACUGUCAACCAAGAGCAGCAGCACAUUGAAAGUAAUGUCGAUGACGAAGACGUACCACCUGCUGUGGUGGGUAAAUGCAUUAAAGUGAGUGACUCACAACCCACUUACUACUCAAGUUCGAGUGAAGAUGACGAAGAGGAGCUCAACGCCAUGCAUCAUGACGCUGAACGUGAUUAUGACUGCGAGGAUGGUGAAAAGUUGGGACCACCAGAGCUGAUAAAUGGUCCAGGACCCUCGGAAGCAUAUUUCAAUCUCUAUUGGCAUUCGAAUAUGCUGCCCACCAUUGGCGAGGUGGAGGAGGAAUUCUCCUCGCUAGAGCCGCAAUCUUUGCCAAAUGGUCCAAUCGUUAUUGUGGAUGAUUUGAGUCAACAGCAACAACCAAAACAGUUAGCAAAUAACGCUGAAGCAGAAAAGAUCGCAGAACCGCAAACGAAGGAAAUUGUAGCUGAGGUGAAGAAAGACUCAAACGCAACAAAAGGGAUAGAAAAGGUAGCAGACACGGGACCUCUGAAAGAUACUAAGGAGGUGAUAGACAAAGUAGUGUCCGAGCGUGCAGAAAAGUCUUUAGAGAGGAAGCGCGAAGAGGUCAUUAAGUCCGAGCCUGUUGAGAAGACCGUGAAAGCAACGAAAUUAGCUGGGACCAACGCCACCGAGUCCACUAGCACGAGCUCACAAAAAGAUCAGAAAACACCUGCAAAAACUGGAACUUUCAGCGCCCCUAGCACUCAACAAUCAGCGACUGGUAAAGCGAGAAAAUCGCAAUUUAUUGGCGUGCCCGUAUCGCCGCCGACAGUGCCCAAAAUGGAGAGUGGCCAGGUAAAAGCUGAGGAAACUACCAGCAGCGGUGACAAGGUGACAGCGGAGAAAGCGACGCAUGCGACAAAGGAAAUGAAUAGUGAAUUUGUGGCCGUGAAAGAGAAUGCAAGCGAGCUGGAUAAAGUUACAACAACAGCAAAGCAGGUGAAACCAAGUGAUAAGAUUACUGACACUGCCAACAAAGUGACAAUGGAAGUUAAUUACCAGUCCACUGAUAGUAGAGUAGCACAGAGGGAGUUGGAGCAGAAUGUAGUUGAUAUGCCUAAUGCCAAGGCUAAUUGGGCAGCAGACAAUGGGCACACAAACAACGAAACGAUAAUGGUUAAUCAAGUGUCAAACAAUACGGCUGUAAUGGCGGCGGUACCUAUUGAAGCUAAGCAAAUAGGUCAACAACAGGCAAAUGAGGAACAUAUUAACUCAUCCAAUAACACAAACGAAGCAGAGUCAAUAAAACUGGCGCAUAAAGUUGAAGGGGUUGAUACAUAUACCCAUAGUGAGUCCAAAAGCGAGACUGCAGCAGAGACCACGAAAUCGAGCAGCAAUAGCGCUAGUAGUUCGAGUAUGUCCAGCAAGACCAGCGAGACACAUAUUGAGCAGACGGUGCAGAAAAAUGUGGAGGCGAAGACUGAGCACACGUCCGAGCUGAAAUCGGAACGUCAGACUACACAAAAGGUUACCACAACUACCACUAAAAAGCAGGUCAUCAAGUCCUCCACAUCUUCUACGCAACUGAUCGAGAAUAGCAGCUAUGACGCUUUGGACGGCUUACCGGAGGAGUUGCGCAAAACGCUUGAAGCUGGCGGUAAGGCUCAGACUAAUAAAACGACCAGCGCCACACCGAGCGCCGCACCCUUUACCUCCAACUUGUUGGAGCAUUUCAAUAAACCGGUUGCCUUUACGCUGCAACCCUAUGCGGAACGCGUCAGUAGCGCCGGUUCGCCACGCAUAACCGUAUUUGAAGAGCGUCAAUUCGAAACCAAACAAAAUGCUUACACCGAGAUACGCACACGCGAUGCGGCGGGCGAAGAGAAGCUACAGACGAGCACGGAGAGCCAUAAGGAACGCGCCAAGCUGAAAAAGGUGCAUAGCCAAGGCGAUGAUUUGGACCAGCUUGGUGUUGAAGGUCUUGCUGAGGAAAUGACAGCUGCUGACAAUUUAGAGCCGAUGACGGUCACCGCGAGCGCGGAGACGCGUAUAUCGGAAUUUGUCGAGAAUCCACAAGAUAAGCAAAGUAUUGAAAGGGGUAUUUUGAAUUUAUCGGAGAGUGGUAAGCAAUUGCAACGCAACGAAUCUGGCGGCGUGGAGUAUAUGGAGUGUGAGCACCAAGUGCAGGAUUCGUUUGAAGAUAUGGAACAGGUUUUGGGCGGCGGCAGUGUAGAAGGAGAUAAGAAGCCCACACUACUGCGUGAAUUGAGCGAAACACUGACUGUGACUAAGGAUGGUGACAAACAGGUGACGCGUCGCAGCGAAACUACGAAGGAGACACCGAAGAAGGGCGCUAAGCUGCUGAAGAAGUCCGAAGAUGAGCGGCGUUUGGAGCUGGAGGCGCAGAAGCUGAUCGAAAGCUACCAGAAGGUAAAGAAAGAGGCUGAAAAGUUAUUCCAGCACGAAUUUUGCGACGAGGAGGGUUUCGACUUUGGCGACGACAAGCAGAACAAAGCCGAAGCAGCCGCUGCAGUCACGGUGGAGGAAGUAAACGAACGGGGAGUGAAUGGAACAGAGAGUGGAGCAGAGAGUGAAAAUUUACCCGGUGUGCUUGUGGAAGAAAAGUUGGUGGUAGAGAGCGAGCUUGAUGUGAAAAUUAAGGAAGACGGUAAAGCGCAUGAUCAACUCGCUGCGCCUGCUGAGAGUACAGAUGUAGAGCUUGAGACGCAUAAAAAAAUAGACGUAAAUGAGGGCAAGCUGACUGCUGAUCGAAGUAAGUUAGAUGCGUCACAGCUAACAGCCGGAUUUCUGGAUGAAGAACGUCGGUCCGUGGAAAAGGAAAAUGCGCUCAAGGAACAACUAGUAACCUCUGCACAAAGCCAGCAGCAACAAGCAUCCUUACACGUAAGUGCGCCUCCAGACUUGCUUGAUAAUGAACCGUUUUACGUGCUGCAUAAAAAUAUUAUUGAAGAACCCAAAGCUGAGGCGGUGCAUACGGAAUUUGACGGCAAACCCAUAGCGCCUGUCGUUAGUAAAGUUAUAGCAAUUGAAGAGGCGAUAAAACCGAUUGUCGUGGAAGUCAAGUCACCGCAACACAUACGACAAUUCGAAACCGUGGAAAUAAAAAUUGAGAAAAAAUUGCCUGCAUCUAUCAACGAAGUGACGGCCAACGAAAAAGUCACAAUCCAGGCUACAAAGCCAACGUCACCACCCAUCCCACAAAAACGUGAGCACAAAUCUUCAGAGGGCACGAUUGCCACCACUGUCUCAACCACACCCACUUCAACAUUAGCACCAACACCGAAAAAACGCGGCUCCAUAGACCUGCACACAGCUAACUUUGGUGGCGACCACACACCGUGUGCGAACUCCCAACUGCAAACGUCUAAAUUAGAAAUCCCAAUUAACACACCGAAUUUACAACAAAACUGCGAGCGAAUGCAACAGCCAACUAAAUCAGCACAAUCAGCAUCCGUCCCCGCAGCCCGCAGCGAGUCGCAACAACAUAAGCUAGAGCGUAUUAUUGUUGGCGUAGAACAACAGCAAUACGACGACACAAACAACGUCAAGCAGCAGGCAAUUAUUACCUUUGCCAGCGAAGAUCUGCCAACGGAAAUGGCGGUCAGCUCGCCAACCAAACAAGUUGUCUCGAAUGUGGUAAGCGGUAGUGGUAGUAGCAGUGGUACAAUUGCAGCCGAGUUGCAUUUGGAGACCAUUAAUUUGCCAAAUGAGCCACAAAAUACAUCCCCAUCCACAACAACGGAGAAAUUGAGGAAAUCAGAGCGCGUUGGCGAUGGCAUGCAAAUGCCAAAGACAACAACAUUAGCAGCAGGAACAGCAACAACAACUGCGUCUAUGACAUUUAUGUCAACAUCAUCUUCUGCGGAUUCGGUGCAAAGUGUCAUUGAAGUAGGUGGCAUUGUGGAAUCACCAUCGGAGGAUGAAGUGAGCCGCGGCGUAUCGAGGAAUGCGAGUGAAGAAGAGAUUUUCAAUACAUGUUUUCGGUAA